GGGGGGGGGGGGCGAGCUGAUGAGACAUCAAACUUGGACUCCGAUUCUUGGCUUAAUUCGCUUCCCAUAGAUGAGAUCCUUGUGAGUUGUAAGGUCAAAUCCAUUCUCAGUAGUGAGCACCGAUGUCUCCUUCGGCUCUUCUACCUGCUCUCGCGGUUUUCCUCCUGUGCUGCUGGCCUCUAGCUCUCGCUUCCGUCGCUGAGACAGCCCUUUCGCGAGUUGCUUGCGGAGACGACCAAGUUGCCGUCUUGGAUGCCUCUGAUGGCCUCCUCAACCUGUCGGUCAAUGGGGUUCUGGUGCAGGACCGCGUUCUUGCCUGCCAGAAGCUCCGCUUGUACUUUGGGAGUGGUUGCCUCCGCUGCGGCGAGGUGUCGGAUGGGUGGAGGGGUGCGGUUAAGCAAUACUGUGGUGAAGGGAGCGAAUCCAGCCAGGCAACUUCGCAUCAAAAUGUACCAAGGAAGCUCUUGAGGCGGCCCACAGAAAAUGGCUCAAGAAAUAAUUCUGGCCCAUGUGGAAGCUUGGGUUUGCAUGAAAAUAAUCAGGACAACGGUGAUUCUUCAGAAAACGAUGAUCACUUCCUGGCCAUGCCUGGUGUGAUUCUCCUAUGCUGUGGUCUCAUGCUUCCAUGCUUCCAUGCUGAAAGAAAAGAAGCCAGCAGGCAUGAUACUGCAACUAUUCAGCGCAAUGCAAUUGAAUCAGUUUCGUCUUAUGAAGUAAGCAUGUCGUCUGAGAAAGUCCCACCAACUCCGCAUCGGAUACCUCCAAGUCCUUCUAGAUUUGCACCAUCUCCGCAAGUAGCUAGAGUUGGAUCUGUCAACUUAAGCAUUCAGCAGAUCCUCAGGGCAACUCAGAACUUCUCACCAUCAUUUAAGUUAGGUGAAGGAGGAUUUGGGAUGGUCUACAGGGCUGUAUUGCCAGAUGGAACCGUUGUUGCAGUCAAGAGGGCUAAAAAGGAUCAAUUUGCAGGUCCUAGGGACGAGUUUAGCAAUGAAGUAGACUUGCUUGCUAAGAUAGACCACCGAAAUUUGGUGAGGUUACUGGGUUUUACUGAUAAAGGAAAUGAGCGUAUUAUCAUCACAGAAUAUGUUCCAAAUGGCACUCUAAGAGAACAUCUAGAUGGUCAACAUGGCAGGGUCCUGGAUUUUAAUCAGCGCCUAGAAAUUGCAAUCGAUGUCGCUCAUGCACUUACUUAUCUCCAUCUGUAUGCAGAGAAGACGAUAAUUCAUCGUGAUGUGAAGUCAUCAAAUAUCCUACUAACGGAUAGCUAUCGUGCGAAGGUGUCUGACUUUGGAUUUGCAAGAAGUGGCCCUAGUGACACGGAGAAGACACACAUAUCAACAAAAGUGAAAGGCACCGCUGGUUACCUGGAUCCUGAAUACCUGAGAACAUACCAGCUAACUCCAAAGAGUGAUGUCUUCUCCUUCGGCAUAUUGCUUGUGGAAAUUCUUUCUGCUCGCCGACCUGUAGAGCUGAAGCGAACCCCUGAAGAGAGGAUCACUAUCAGAUGGACUUUCAAGAAAUUUAAUGAAGGCAACAUGAGAGAGAUAUUGGACCCGUUGCUGGAAGAUCACGUGGAUGAUGAGGUGCUUGAGAAGCUCCUUAGCUUGGCGUUCCAAUGUGCUGCUCCGACGCGGGAUGACCGACCAACCAUGAAGGAAGUUGGGGAGCAGCUGUGGGAAAUCAGGAAAGAGUACGGAAAGAGCAUCAGGAAGGUGUGAAGAUCAUGGGCAACUUUACCUGUUUCUAGCUUCCCUUCAACCACAAGCCGAAUCAUGCUUAUUCAUUGCCCGUGACAUGUUUCUGACCUGACAGAUGUGGUCUGAACAAUGUACAGAUUUGAUACCACCAGCACCAAUUUGUAUCUCCUUGUCUAUCGGUUUGCGAUGUACUUUUCCUUGGAGUUACAGUUCUUUCAGUGAAUGUGUAUUUUGGGAGUCCUCACAUUUCUUGAUUCCCAUUGUUUUGGUAUUCUGAUGCAUGUAACCACACAACUGAAAAUGGUUUACCUAAGUACAGUACAUGGAGGAAUUGUGUAGUUACGGCCUUACGGCAGAAACUAAAUGAAUGUGUAUGAAGCAUUGUUUAAAAGGUA